AUGCAAACGUCUACCCUUUUUACAAACGAGGUCAUUAUACGCGAAAUAUUGAAAUUCUUAAAAGAUGAAGACAUUUCAUUAUAUGCUUACCUAUUUAUAAAUAAAUAUUGGCUUCGGCUUACAACAACUUUACUAUGGAAGAAACCCUUUCAAAAUUUAAAAGAAACGAAAUCCAAUUCGCUUAUAACAACUUACAUCUCUUGCUUAUAUGCUCAUUGCCAUGACUGGCUAAAUGAGGAAGAACGUUCCAUGAUUUACUUCAUGAUUAGCUCUUAUGAACUUUCAUCACCUUUCUAUGAAUAUGAAAGAUAUUUGAAAGAGAUUCCUUUUAAAUCCUUGAAUAAAGCUGUAAUCCAAUGGUUUGAUCACGUAUAUGGCGAGCACGACAAGAAAGCUCAAUUCACUCGAAACAUUGAACUUAAAUUAUUCAAAAUGUUUGCAAAAAAAAGUAUUUGCAUAGAAUCCAUAGCAAUUGAUUUUGAAGUUGGUAACUUUUCAAAUAUCUUUGAAGGUGAAACAUCAAAGAUUUCGAACUUGAAAAGUCUUUUAUUAUCAUUCCCUCCAAAGAUGAAUGAUAGUUAUGUACUCAAAAUUAAGAAUUUUCUUCGUGGACUUCAAAAUGUCCUUCAAAGUCUCGAAGAGGUAUUCUUUUUAGUCGAUGAAACCGAAAGGAUAGAAGAUGACAGCUAUAGUUACAGCAAUAGUUACUUAAUUGAGAAAACUACCGAUGAAAUAAUUGCCUUUGUAAAUUCUCAGAAACAUCUAAAGGGUUUUAAUUUGGUAGGAGAAGAGAAUGUGCAUUUAAAUGCCAAAAGAAUUAUUUUACCAGUUUUGAGAUCUCAUGUUGACUCGUUGACGUACUUGAAUAUUGAUAAUGUAGAUUUUGGGCAAAUGGCAUUUCAAUAUUUUGAAAAGUGCGCUAGUUUGGAAUCAUUAGGCAUGAGUUCCUGUACUGGGUUAACUACGCAAUUUCUUAACCCCAAUACAACAUUUCCGAACCUAAAGAAAUUGGAGCUGUCUUUGAAUAGAUUUAAUCUUGAAAUGACCUCGUUAAUCUUGAAAAAAGCGGGAGAAAAUCUAACCGAAUUGGAAAUUGAUGACGUUUCUGACGAGAUCUUGAACACGAUAGUGGUACAUUGUAAUAAAAUCGAAAGCCUUACUAUUUCGGGAAGGUAUUUUCGUGGAAAUUUGAAUUUGCCAAAGCUUCGCGAGUUAAAAUGCUUGAAAAGAUUAGAAUUGUUGUACGUCGCUGACGUGCACGAUGUACCGAAAAUGGAACGUGCCAAGUCAGAAAUUAAGGACACGGUGACAAGAUUAUUUGAUCCCGAAGAAUUUGAUCAGUUUUAUGACAUGGCUAAAGAAUUUGAUUACUCAUUUGUAUCAAUCACAUUCUUUAAUCAGAAUUUUCAGAAUUUUUAUGGAGGAUCUGAUAACAAUGAAUUUGAUUAUGCCCAGUGUUCUUUGGAGAUUAAAAUGAAUAAUUCUGUGGAUUCGGACCAGAGGGGGGAUAACGUAUAUGUGAGUCAUAUUACUCUAAAGAAGCAGCGCAGUAAAAUUGAGUUGAAAUUUAAAGAUCUUUUAAAAAAAUUGCAGGAUGAAUAG